CACAGGAGCAACUCAUCAGCAGCAGUGAUCUCCUCAGAUGUCUUCAAUUGCACGGCCAUCGGACCCCUGCUUGGUAGCGAUUAUUCUUAUCGCCCGCUCGCGUGCUGGUCCUCGUUUUGUAUUCCAUUACCCGCCGAAACCUCUCAGCGAUAACGCCCCCCGAGCACCAGGGAAAGCAAGGCGCACAUCACGGUCAAAGAGCAGACAAAGCUCGAAAAGUAAUGAGUCCAGUUCCAGCGAUGAUUCUCAUUCUAGCUCCGACGAAGAUGAAGAGGAACCUCAGGUCCAGACACUGGCCCAAACUCCAACUCACGCCGCAGGAAACACGCUGAGUGCCAGGAGGUCGAGCAACUUUGGGAUCGACGAUGUGUCCAUGUCAGUUUCCCCAGGCGGCGAGAGUCAACGACCGGGAUCUAUCGGCUCCUCGAGAACGUAUAUGAAAAAACGUGGCCAUAAUUCUGACGUCGAGAACGAGUCCAACGGGGGUUCUGACAGGCAGGAGGACGGAUCGGGAGGUCCGUCCCGUCCACCAUGGGAAUCAUUACUUGGUCUGCCCGUUAAUGUUUGGGAAAAAUUGCUAAGCCCGUCACGUUCAUGGCAUAAACGGCGCUUUGAAGUUGGAAUCAACGAUCUCGCCCUUGUUGGGUGGCCGGUGUUCAUUCGCGAGGAUGGCGCCUGGAGGAAACAGAGGCGGAAGAAAAAGAAGAAAGGUCGUGCAGAGUGGGAAGGAGGAGAGCUGGGGCAUAACGAGACAACUGAGGACUCCCAAGAUGAUGGUGCUGAGGCAAUCGCCGCUUCGACAGAAACAUUGAGUCCGCAUAUGACGACUGUGAAACACCCACGAACGUCUGUGUCUAGCAAUAGAUCAUCAAAGCUAUUGGGCGAUUCACUGGAUGCCGAUGAUAAGGAUUCAAUGACCAUGUUCAAUGUGGUUUUUGUCCUUGAUCCCCCUUUGCUGGAGUAUUCAAUGCGCCUCCGCGAAGUAUAUGAUAAUAUUAUCAAAAAAUUUACGAAAGCCCUUAAGUGGGAGCAGGCUAGAGCCGACUAUGUUUGGAGGGAGUCCCAACAUAUUUUGCAUAUCAAGGAAAAAGCUAAGGAAAAAAGAAUUCCCCUCAAUAAUCUGUAUUCCGACCUAAUAAACCAGUCAUCUCUUGCAAGGGCAAUGUACACUUUGUUCACCAGCAUAUCUGCCUCAAAGAUCGCAUCCGUCACAUUGAGUCCUGAUGUUUCUAUUUCCCUGCAAAUCCCGCCUUUGACCUCGACUCCUUAUCUUGCUGGUCCAAGCGACCAAGCAUAUCCGGGGCUGUGGCUUACAACAGCGGACAGCAUCACACCUGUGGACGAUCCAACAGCGGACGAAAAUACAGCACCCCACCAAGUGCUGGCUAAAAAUUUUGCUCUACUGUUAUUAGAUAACGAGGCAGCUAUCUUGAAGGAUGUGGAAGCUUCUGGUGGCACUUUAGCUGCCCCCCUAGCCCAUUAUCUUCGAUGUUCCAGACCAACGCAGUCAUUUGUCCAAGUUUCAGCAUCGUCUGGUAUACCACUCUCCACCAUUCAAAUGCUCGCUAGUCACCUGGUUUACUGGAGAAGAGCUCGUGCAAUCCCCCCUCUCCAUCAACGCGAUACUUACAUUGUAUCGCCAAAUUGCGAUCUUAGUAAGUUGGAAGCAGCCACCGCUGCUUAUCAACUCGCUUUUCCAACUCUUCCCAGUCUACCGAAGAUGCUAUCAGCUUUGAGCGGAACCCCGCGGCCUUACGGAAGCUUUAUCCCAAGUAAGGAUCACAAAUUAACUUACUUUGCUAUACUAGCAUGGCUAUUACGAGGCGGCUGGGUUACUCAACUUCGGUCAUUCGCUCGCGUCAAAGUAUCUCCUAAAAUUAAAAUGGCUGUUGAAAUGGCCGUCCGACGAGAGGAAGUAGACCAGUACCUGAGCAAGGGCCGAUCGACAUCGCUCACAUCGGACACAGAGAAGCUUGUUAUUGAAGACGGUUCGGAGGACGGGUUCGAUGACAGCGCGUCAUCUUCGUCGUCAUCUCUCGCAAGCCAGGGCAGCGGCGAAGAAACCCCGAUGCCAAAUCGAUACAAGGUGGAAGACACCCUUGACCUUUCGCACUCUCUCCUUGAUCGAAAUACCUCGUUGAAAACAUCGUCUCUGAUCAUUCUGCCACACCGCGCUUCACCGCUGGAAUCCCGGUGGCUUGACGAAAUUGUCUCCCGCUUUCCCGAGUAUACCAGGUACUCCAAUAACAACGGGAAAGGGGCUAGCCCCGAAGGGGAAUCCGAGUUCGCCGGGCUUCGAACGUCGCUGAAGCAAGUCUGGCCAACCUAUGUCAAAUACUUCAAUGGCUAUGACGCCCUAGAGAAUAUCCCUAUCCGGGAAGCAUUGAAAAGAAAACUGGUCUGGCAGAUUCUCACUCGUCUUGGGCUCAUCACUGGACAGCAAUCAUCCAUCGAGCUAGACUCGAGAGAGCAAGUCCUAGUUACGGUGAGACAUUGGUGAGGGAGAAUGAAAUAACUAGUUAUACCACACGAGACGACAUUCAUCAACCCAGUCUCCAGAAGUCAACCUUAUCUUACUUAUACUAGUAUUUAACAUCUCCCUAGAUACUCCGUAAUACUGUGAUGAACCCAGAAAAAAAUCCCAUCUAAAAGUUUACUCCGUAAAUCCGAGCCAGCACGUGACCAUUAUCCUAGUUACCUAGGUAGGCAUGAACUCCCGUAUUUUCCGGUCCUCUCGGCCGCGGGUACAAU